UCAAAGUAAUGCAAAAGCAGAGGAAGGAUAGAAAUAAUGAAAAACUUAGCUCAGCAGAAAUUUAAUUUACACUUGCAAAGUUAGAUUAAAAAGCCUAUAUUUAUUAUUAUUAUUGGCAUUCCAAGCUUUUUAAAAUAAUUCAAAUAUGUUUCUCUACCUGCAAACAACACAAUGCAAAAGCUGACAAAAGAAAAGAGAAGGUUAAAUAGAAGAAUACGAAACAUUCAAAGAAGUGCAAUAGAAAGAGGCUUAGACAAAGAAUUGUUAAAACAUUAUAAUUACAUCUGUAAUUAUGAUCACGAAGCUGCUGCUUUGAAGGGUUCAAAUAGGAAGUUAAUACUGAUAUCAGUCACAUUAUUUAUCUUAUUAGUUAUUAGUGGCAUUGCAGUGAAUACUAUUUUAAGCUCUAGAUGUGUGUUACCUAGUAAUUAUUUGGUGUGGGAGGCGACGCGGCCUCUCGCCGAUUGUGUCUAUUGCGAGAAUGUUACGAAACCUAUUAUUCUACAGAACGUCACGCGGCGGAAUUUCGCUAGUUUUGCAUAUUCAUCAAAACCCAUAAUAGUAAAAAAUGCAAUAAAACAUUGGAAGGCAGCUAAGGAGUUAAAUUUUAACACAUUUAAACAACUAUAUCAGCAAACAGUGGGCAGUUACGAAAGCCUUGAAGAAGGGUGCCAAUUCCUUAACUUUAAAACUGAUCUUUUUACCUUGAAAGAAGUGUUUGAGAUGCCAGAAGCUAGGAUAAGAAAUGAUCCCGGAGAAAAGCCGUGGUAUGUGGGGUGGGGUAAUUGCCAUCCAGAUAUUUUAUCAAGAGUGAGACAGUAUUAUAGUGUGCCAGAGUUUCUUCCCCAAGAUGCAGAGUUUCCCGCUACAGAAAACAUAUUUUUUGGAUAUGAAAUGGGAGCUGUUAUGCAUUUGGACUAUAUCCCAAGACUGAUGUGGCAGGGCCAAGUGAGAGGGAACAAAACAUGGUCUGUUGCACCUGUGCCUGAGUGUGAUCAUAUUUGCCAUAAAUUUGAGUAUUAUGUUGAACCUGGUGAUGUAGUUUUGCUGGAUACUCGUAUUUGGUACCACGCGACAAGCAUUCCUAAGGGUCAGUUCUCACUGACCGUGCAAUCUGAAUACGGAUGAACUUACUUUUAUAAAGCUUUCUAAGUACAAAAUAUUUUUACAUAUCGAGAUGCCAAAUUUUACUAUAUCUUCUUUAUUUAUAUAAGCUAUUUAUUCCUUUUUACACUUGAAAUGUGCCAUUACAUGUAGUGCAACUACUAAGCUUUAAAUUAUUGCAAUAUUUUUUAUUAUAAUAUUUAUUUCUUAUGAAAUGGUU